AUGUCCCGAUCCGCCGCGGACGCAACGCGGUUCACGGCCACCGGGCCAUACGCCAGCUCCAAGCCUAGUGGCACCCCAUACAGUUUGCCGGACUCCAUGAAGUCGAAGGAUAGCGCGACACAGCCCAAGCAAGCUCAACCACUUGGCCCUGGCGGCAAGCCCGAGACUCCGAAGCAGAAGGUUGAACGACUCCGGGCACAGGCACGGGCUGCUCGGAUGGCUCAGUCUUCAUCUGGUGUGGAUCGGUGGAUUGAAGUUGGACGGCGAUUCGCCAAUAAGGCACACAAAGGCAUGGUUUACUCAUUGAUCGCCGCAUCGGGUGUCUGUGGUGUCCUUACAGUUUACUCGAUGGUCUCGCUGACGAUGUACAACCGCCGCCAACGCACACUUUGGAUCGAGAGGGAGAUGGAGACUCUCAAGCAGGCUCAAAUCGCGCAGGCCAACGGCACCGCUAAUGCCGAGCAGCUCGAGCUCCUCAAGAAAGAGGAGAUCGAGGCGAUUUACGCCAAGAAGAAGGCGGAGGAGAAGGCACAGCGCCCGUGGGCCAAGGCAAAGCGAUUCCUCUUCGAGAAGAUGAACAUGGAAGAUACCGGUGCCGCCGUACAGACUACCGCUGUCUCAUCAAUUCAGAGCGCCGAGCCCAGCAUAAUUGAAGCUGCUGAUGUGAAGAAGGCCUUUGCCGAUGCAGCUGUGCCCGGUCAGCUGGACGUGUUGGCCGAGAACGCAGAGAAGGCUACAAAGGAGAAGACUAAGGGCUGGGUUAGCUGGAUGACUGGCCGGUAGAGAAAUGUGGAUUUGAAAGUGAAUCAACAAAAGCUUUAUGGGCGGGAGGGAACGAAUGGAC